GUAAUUUGAGACUGCCCUGUAGUGAAAUAUGUUACUGGAAAGCUUGAAAGCUCCGCCAGGUAUAAUUGGAUUUGUAAGUAUCUCGUUGGAUUGUGUCUCAAAGAAUGACAGAUUCCUGUCCGACAAUAGUACUCACGCUCAAGAGCAACGAAUUAGGACAACAUUUGGCGUUGAACUACUUUUGAUCUCGACUCUGUGACCAUGAAGCUGUCUUUGGGGAGAUAUAGGUCGAUGUUAAUGGUUCAAAUCGGGUUUCUCUUGGCUGACCUAAUUUUCAACACUUUCUGCGAAAUCUUCAGAUUUGAGAGCGUCAUCCUUCUGGUCGUCUUUGUUAUUCAAGAUGUGUGCCUGGUGUUCUCUCUGAUAAUCGUAUUUCUGUCCUUCAUUUCGACCUACAUUUUUCAAGCUGGCCUUGUGGGCAUUCUUGUGACACAAUUCCGGACAGCCAUCUUGGUCUCGUUGGCCUAUACAGGACUUUCCAUCACAUUCCAUGUAACGAGUCUCAAUAAGCGAUGGGACGACCCAAUGUCCCCUAAAUGGUGGAAUCCGGGUCUCCUGAUCUUAUACGUGGUUCAACGCUUCA